AUGUAUACUCGAAAUAAUGAUCCUUUUUUUAAAGUUAUUCAUAAUAAAUUUUUAUUAAAACAUAUUUUUAAAUUUGUUAAUGAAAUCAAUAAAAGUAAACAUUUGAUAUCAAUUGGAUAUUCAGAUAUUGAUAGUGUUGAAUGGAUGAUUGAAAAUCGACAUAAAUCAUUACUUUUUUAUAAAAUUAAAUCAAACUAUAAACAUUUAACAUUUAAUAAACAAUCAAUUGUAUCAUUUUUUAAAUUAAUAUCAACACCAUCAUCUCAAAAUACAAUAAAUUCAUCGUCGUCGUCAUCAUCAUCACCAACAAAAUCAAUUAAUAAAAUCUUAACAACUACAACAUUACCACCAAUACCACCAAUACCAUUUUCAUUUUCUUCUUCCUCUUCCUAUUCUUCUUAUCCAUCGUCAUCAUCGUCAUCAUCAUCAACAACAAUAACAAACAAUAUUAUAAAAAGUUAUGAAUUUGAUGCAACACAACCAAAAGAGAAUGAAAUUAUAUUGAAAAAAACAUUUGAAAAUUAUUUUCUAAAUCAAUUACAAUAUUAUGAUAUGAUUAGUUUAUUAUCAGAGAGUGGUAAUUUAGAAGCAAUCAAAUUAUUAUGGUCAUUAUAUCCAAAUUAUAGUUUUAAUGAAUUAGCAAUUGAUAAUUCAAUUUAUUGUGGUCAAUUUUCAAUUUUAGAAUAUUUUUUAUUAAAUAAACAACAACAACAAUCAACAACAACAUCAUCAUCAUCAACAGCGCCACAAUCAAAUAGCAAUCAAAAUAAUAUAAAAUAUACAGAAUCUAGAUUACUUGGUAAUGCAUUGGCAUCACCAAAACGUAAUCAAAUAAUUAGAUUUUUAAUUGAUAAAAAGAUAUUAAUAUCAGGUGUAAAAUCACAAACAUUUACACAAAAUGAUUAUAAAUCAUUAGAAUCUAAUUUAUAUCAAUUAGAUUUUAUAGUUAUACAAUAUUUAGAAUCAAUUGGAUUAUUUAAUCAAUAUUCAAAAACAAUUUAUAAAAAUAAUAAUCCAUUAAUAUUAUUUAAAAAAAGACAAAAUCAAAUUAUAAAAUAUAAUAAUAGUAUAGUUGAUAAAAUAAAUAGUAGUAGCAGUAAUAAUAAUAAUAAUAAUAAUAAUAAUAAUAAUAAUGAUAAUUCAAUAAUAAUUAAUAAAAUGAAAAUUAAAAAUUUAAAAAUUAUUGAUGAAUAUAAUUUAUUAGUAACUAUUUGUCAAAUAUUUAUAUAUUAUCAAAAGAAAUUUAAUGGUUAUGAUUAUGGAUCAGAUUUGAAUUUAUCAGAAUUUCAAUUUCAUAAUACACAACCAACACCACCAGAUUCAGUUAUAAUUGAACAGUUUAAAAGAUUAUAUAUAUUAUUUAUAAAGGUAGUAUUGCUACAAAAUCAUAAACAUGAUAUGUUUACAGAGGAGGAUGUUUAUAAGAUGAUCUCAAGAUAUGCAAUUCAAUUCAAUGAUGUAACUCAAUUGAAAUCAAAUUUACCAUUGGGUAAAGCGUAUCGUGAUAAAUAUAGAUUCUCAUGUUUAUUUGAAAUGUGUAUUGAAUAUUUAAAUUCCGAUAUCCUAUUGGAAUUGGUUAGACAAUAUUCAAAUGGUAGUGGUGAUUAUUCAUUCUUUUCAUUCAAGAUUGGUGAAAGACUUUAUUCAAAACCUUUGAAAUCUAGAUUAAUAAGAUCAACACCAAAAAAAGUAAUUGAAUCAAGAAAAGAGACAAUUUCAUUCAUUGAACGUUUAAUUCAACAUUAUGCAUCAUCAUCAUCUGCAACUAAUAAUUUAAAACGUAGAAGUUAUUCUGGUAUACCAAAAGUUAGUAGUGUUGAAGGUUUAUUAACUUCAAAUCUUUUAAAAACAUCUGGUGGUUUAAUUUGUAAUGAUAACAGUGGUAAUAGUAAUAGUAAUAAUAGUAGUAAUAAUUUAGAUAAUAUAACAGCAAAUAAUAAUGUUAUAUGUUGUGGUAAUGAAGAUAAUUUAAUAACAGUUAUAGUAUCAUUAUUUGAAGCAUUAAUAUCUUAUUAUCCAUUAGAAGAUAUUGAAUAUGUUUUUAAAUUAAUGGUUGAUAAUGAAAUUGGUGAUUAUGUCGAUGCAUUUGGUACUUUGAAAGUUUCAAAAAAUGGUUCAUGUUGUGCUGCAAAUCGUGGUAAUAUGGAGGUGUUUCAAUUUGUUUAUCAAAAUCGUCAACAAUUCUUUUGGGAUGAACAAGUUUUCAAUUAUUCACUUUCAAAAAGUCCAGAGAUUGUAUCAUUCCUAUUAAAGAAUAUGGAACAUAUAAUUAAUUAUCGUACUUCAUUCGAUACGGCUACCAUCUAUUGUAAUUGGAAUAUUAUAAAGAUAUUGGAUUCAAAUUCAAAGUUUGAAUGUUGUGAACAUUCAUUCAUUAGAUCUCUAAGAAUUAAUGAUACAAUUUUCAAUUAUUUAUUCUUUUCAAGACGUGAACCAAUACCACCAUCAAUUAAAUUCUAUCUUUCACGUAAACUUUUAUCAAUACUAUUGAAUAUACCAAAACAAUACUUUCAAAUUAAUCAACAUAGAUUUCAAGAUUCAAUGAGUGAAAUCAAUGAAAUUCUUUUAAAGUUAACAGAUAUCAAUUAUUUAGCAUCAAAUUAUUUUUAUAGAGAAUUCAUUCAACUCUUACAACAGAAUAAAGCUAAUCCAUUAUUUAUCACUUCAAUUUAUUCAACUAGUUUGGUACAAUUAUUCUCAAGAAAUCAAUAUAGUCAAGUGAUUAAACCAAUUCUAUCAAUAUUAUAUCCAGAUUUAUCUUUUCUUCAAUCAACUCGUUUAUCAAAUUCAUUAUCAUUAAUUUUAAAUAAUUUCAUUAUUAAUAAUCAAUUACAUGUAAUUAAAAAAUUAAUUAAAGAUUUUUCAUUUCUUUUUAUUGAACCAUCCACUCAAGAGAUUUCUCAAUUCACAACAACAGCAAUUCAAGAUUAUCAAAUUGAUAAUUGGUAUAAUGUUUAUAUUAAAUCAUUACCAAUGAUAGCUUUAGAACAUCAAGAAUAUAAUAUAUUCAAUUAUUUGGUUUUCAAUUCAACCAUUUCAAAUUUAUUAUGGUCACAACAACAAUUAACUCUUGACCAAAUGGAUAGAUUAACUCUUAUUAAUACAUUACAUAAUUGUCCUUUAUCUUUUAUUGAUCAUUUAUUCAUUAAAUUUGAUCCAACAAAAUUAGUUUCAAUUUUAAUUGAUAAUAUUCAUUUAGAAUUUCCAACAUUAAUAAUAAAUAAUAACAAUAAUAAUAAUAGUAAUAAUAAUAGUAAUAAUAAUAAUAAUAAUAAUAAUAAUAAUAAUAAUAAUAAUAAUAAUAAUAAUAAUAAUAAUAAUAAUAAUAAUAAUAAUAAUAAUAAUAAUAAUAAUAAUAUUAAUAAUAAUAAUAAUAAUAAUAACGAUAUUAAAAUUAAUGCUUUAUCAAAUUCUUCAAUACCAAAUGUAAAAUAUAUUUAUUUAAUACUCAAUAGUGAUAUUUUAUAUACAUUACCUUCAACUGUAAAGAAAUUACAUUUGGAAAGAUGCACUGGUUUAACCAAUGUAACUCAAAAAUUACCGCCAUAUGAUUAUUUAGAGAUAAUUACCUUUUCAUCAGAUACUUUCAUAUUUUAUAUGUCAUGGAUUCAAAAUAUUAAAGAGUUUUAUUUUUAUAAUGUUGAAUUUCCAUAUACUUUAAAUACAACUUUUGUUACAGAUUUUGAAAAUAUUGAAAAUUAUACCAGACUAGAUUACAUGGGCUUCUCAACAAAUGAAAUACCUGAUCUUACUGGUUUUUCAUGUGGUGUUGAUAUGCUUUUAGGUUUUGCUUUUAAAAGUUCAUUUGAAAAAUUAUUAACAUUUAGUGGUGUUAAAGAUAUGAUGAUUUGGUACUAUACAAGACCAAUAGAUAUACCAACACAAUUAUUACAAUUAAGUGGAAUGCAAAAUUUGCAAAUUAAUAUAAAUUUUAAAGUACCAUCUUAUCAAUAUGAUUUCUCAAAUUUAACAUCAUUAUCAAUGCUUCAACUUAUGGAUAAAUCAACCAAUACAAAUAACUUGGGAAGAAAUGGUUUACCAAUUUCAAAAUUACCACCAAAUUUAAAAGAAUUUUAUUAUGCAGGAAUUUUAAAGAAAUCACCAUCAAUGGAAAUUUUUAAAGAUGUUAAAAUUGUUGAUUUCUCAUUAUGUGAAAUAAAUGAUACAUUAAAAGAUGUUUUCUUACCAACAACUUAUUCAACAAAUAAUUUAUAUUUUGAAAACAAUAAAUUAUAUGGUUUAAUUCCUCAAUCAUACUGUAAUGUAAUUACAGAUUUUAGCGAUAAUACUUUAACUGGUGAAAUUCCAAAUUGUUUCACGUGUUAUUUUAAUGAUACUGAUUCUUUAGUGAAAAAUAAAUUUGCAAAUAAUAAAUUCACAAAUUAUGCGACCCAAGGUCCUUGUACAACAAUGAAACCAAAUUUAUUAGUUAAUGCUACAACUUUAAUAUUAUAUGGUGAAUCUUUAGGUUUUAAUGGUAGACUUAUAAAAACAAAUGCAACAGGUUCAACAACUUUUACAAUGAUACAACCAAGUAGUUAUUUUACAUUAAAUUUAAGAACAACAAAUAUAUUUGCAAAAGGUGCAAGAUCAUUAAUACUCACUUGGACAGUUGGUAGCGAAAUUAGAAAAUUCACAUUACCAAUUGUUAAACAAGCACCUGUACCUGCAAAUAUUACUUACAGUGGUAUUGCAUCGAAUCAAGUCGAAAUAAAUGGUGAAUUCUUUACAUACAACAUUACAGAUGUUUCGGUUUUAGUAAGUGGUAAUGAUUGUCUUGUAACUUAUACAACAUUCAACCAAAUCAAAUGUACAUUAACAAAAGGUUUAAAUGAAAGUAUUGUAUUACCAGUUGAUUUUAUUUUUGUUGACAUUAUUGUAGGUGGAAACAAAACAAGUGUUUAUGUUAGAUUACAAGAAACAUCAUAUAUAAACAAUAAAAAGUGUAACCCUGAACUAUGUACUUCCAAUACAUAUUGUAAUUUAAAUGAUGGAAUUUGCUAUCCACAUUUAGAUUGUAUUUCAGAUUGUACAAUAAACAAUGCAGUUUGUAAUCAUGUUAGUGGGUUGUGUGAUUGUAGGAAUAAUUGUAGUAAUGCAGGUUUAUGCAAUGGUGUAGAUGGUACUUGUUCGUGUAAUUCUGGUAGAUUAUUCAACGAUUGCAGUGGUAUUCAAUGUACAGGUACACCAAUUUGUUCAAAUCAUGGUACUUGUGAUACCUCAAACGGAAAAUGUAAAUGUGAAUCAAUUAUAUGGGUUGGCAAUGCAUGUCAAGAUACUCAACAUUAUGUAAAUGCAAUUACACCAUCAAAUGAAAAUGGUGGUAAAGUUUUAUUAUUUGGUUGGUUUGGUUCAACUCAUUCAAAUGCAUCAGUAAUAAUUGGCUCACAAGAAUGUAAUAUAACUUCAAUAAAUCAAACUGUAAUAGAAUGUGAUAUUGGUCAUGGAAAAGGAAUAGUACCAACAUAUGUUUCCCAAAAUUCUUUGGAGUGGUCAAGUCAGACAAUGUAUAAAUAUUUAUCAAUACAAUUGAAAUGUCCAAAUGAUUGUACAAGUAAUUUAAAUGGUAAUUGUGAUACAACUAAAGGUGUUUGUGUUUGUAUUGGUAACUUUACAGGUAUUGAUUGUGGUUCAUAUCCAACUAGUAAUCCAUCAGAUGGAAGUGGAAGUGGACCAAAAACAAAUACAACAGUGGAUGAUAAUACUGGUAGUGGUUCAAUUAACAAUGGUAAUGUAGAUUACCAAGUAUCAAUCACUUCACUAUUAGAAAUUGGAUUUGAUGGUAGCACAAUUAAAGAAUACAACCUAACUAAAUUAUGGGAAAAGCCAAGCAAUAUUAACAAUCCAAACCCUAAUAUACAUACUUUUACACAAACAAUUGAAGGUAAUUGUACAAUCACUUCAACAAUUGAAGAAGUUUCAAAAGAUAAAGAAUUUUCAUUUGCUGGUAUUGACUUUACAGUUUCAGGAGGUUCAUUAAAAUUAUCAGUUCAAAUUUUAAAUUAUCCAUAUAGUUCAACAUUAAAUACAUUACAACUAAGAAUGAAAUCAUCAGCUUUAAAUUAUUCAACACCAAAAUGUGGUAGUACUCAAGAUGAUGAAAAAGUUUCAAUAGAUUCAAAUGGAUUCACAAAUGAAAAUGAUAAUUUAAACUAUUUAACAAUCACAAAGAAUAAUAGAAAACUUUAUGGUCGUUUCCUUUCAAAAAUGUUAUCAGAUGGUAGAUCAACAUUUACAACAAGUAACAUCAUUUCAACAACUGAUGUCGAUGUUACUGUUGCAUUAAAUUUACCACAUUGCGAUAUCUGUUUAUUAGAUCCUGAUUUUUCAAUUCUUUUAAAUUCAAAUGUAAAAGAUAAUGAAGAAACAUGUGAAGAUGAAACUAAAGAUACAAAAAUAUCAACCACAACAAUUAUUGCGAUCUGUGUAUCAGUGGGGGGUGCUGCAAUUAUAGGUGCUGCUGGUUAUCUUUUGUAUAGAAAAAAAAUUGUUGAAGUUUUACCAUCUUCAAUGUCAAAUUCAAAAUUAAGAAAACUAAAUGCAAAAUAG